AUGGAUAUCCCAUACACAAACUCUCCUAAACUAGAGCAAGAGUUUGGAGAAGAUCAAGAAGAGAUCAACAACAGAAGCAUGGGGAGGGGGAAGAUCGAGAUCAAGAGGAUCGAGAACACCACGAAUCGCCAGGUGACAUUCUGCAAGCGCAGGAAUGGGCUGCUGAAGAAAGCCUAUGAGCUGUCUGUGCUUUGUGAUGCUGAGGUUGCCCUCAUUGUCUUCUCCAGCCGUGGCCGCCUCUAUGAGUACUCCAACAACAAUAGCAUCAAGUCCACCAUAGAGAGGUACAAGAAGGCAAACUCAGACAGCACCCAUACUGCCUCCGUGACUGAGAUUAACGCUCAGUAUUACCAGCAGGAGUCAGCAAAGCUGCGCCAACAAAUUCAGGUGCUCCAGAAUUCCAAUAGCAUGCUUUGCAGGCACCUCAUGGGGGAAUCCUUGGGCUCACUGUCUGUGAAGGAGCUGAAGCAGCUCGAGAACCGGCUCGACCGUGGCAUCAACCGAAUCAGGUCCAAGAAGCAUGAGCUUCUGCUAGCUGAAAUUGAGUAUCUGCAGAAAAGGGAGAUUGAGCUGGAGAAUGAAAGUGUGUGUCUUCGUACCAAGAUAGCGGAGGUGGAGAGGGUUCACGAAGCAAACAUGGUGAGCGGCGCCGAGCUGAAUGCAAUCCACGCGCUGGCGGCUUCUCGCAACUUCUUCGCUCCACAAAUGAUGGAUCCGCCGCCGCAGCAGCAGCAGCAGCCUCAGGACCUCUUCUCUUCCCCCGGCGCCGGCAGCAGCAGCCACCACGGCCACCACCACCACGACGAGUCUCCAAAUCCGUCCGACAAGAAGUCCGGCCACCUCCACCUUGGCUGA